AUGGCAGAAAUUCAAAAGACAUCCGGCGGCAAUAACGCCUAUCACAACUUUGUACGUCUGCGUCAACCCCGGCUCCACAAUGAUUUUGCUCACAUCAAGGACGUCAAUGAGCGGCGGCGUCUUGCACUCGCCGAGGUCGACAAAGCUCCUUUCGGCUGGUACCAUGUUCGCGCUGUCGUCGUCGCCGGUGUCGGCUUCUUCACUGAUUCCUACGACAUCUUCACCGUCUCGCUCCUGACCCUCAUGCUUGGCGUCGUCUACUACCCCGGCGUUGGCUCGAUGCCCACCACAUCCGACACGGCCAUCAAGCUGGCUACGUCGGCCGGCACCGUCAUCGGCCAGCUCGGCUUCGGCGCCCUGGCCGAUAUCGUCGGCCGGAAGCGCAUGUACGGCCUCGAGCUGAUCAUGAUUAUUUUCGCUACUCUCGGCCAGGCCCUGACAUCUUCGUCUCCCUCCAUGGACAUUAUCGGUGUCAUCAUCUUCUGGCGUGUCUUGAUGGGCGUCGGCAUCGGUGGUGAUUACCCCUUAUCCAGUAUCAUCACGUCUGAGUUCGCCACGACGAAGUGGAGGGGUGCCAUGAUGGGCGCUGUCUUUGCUAUGCAGGGUCUUGGCCAACUCUGCGCCGCCUUCGUCAUGCUAUUCCUCACCCUUGGCUUCAAGUCGUCCUUGGAGCCCUCCACCAAGCUCGCCAACUGCACUGACGGCUGCGCCCAGGCCGUCGACAAGAUGUGGCGAGUGCUGAUCGGCUUCGGCGCCGUUCCGGGCUGCAUCGCCCUCUACUACCGUCUGACCAUCCCCGAGACACCUCGCUACACCUUCGAUGUCGAGCUGGAUGUCGAGAAGGCCGAAGGCGACGCCGAGGCCUACCUGAAGGGCAAACCGGGUGCCGCGCCCGAUGAGAUUGCCCGUGCUACUGCUAAGAAGCAGGCCCUUGAGCAAAUGAAGGGCCAAAACAAGGCCAGCUGGUCCGACUUCUUCGGCCAUUAUUCCAAGCUCAAGAACUUCAAGCUCUUGGCUGGUACUGCCCUGUCCUGGUGCUUCCUCGACAUCGCCUACUAUGGCGUCUCCUUGAACAACGCUACCAUCCUCGAAGCUAUCGGCUACUCCACCAAAGGUGCCCACAACACGUACGAGAUUCUCUACAACACGGCCGUCGGCAACCUGAUCAUCGUCCUCGCCGGUGCCGUGCCAGGCUAUUGGGUGACGGUCUUCACUGUCGACACCCUCGGCCGCAAGCCCAUCCAGUUCAUGGGCUUCACCAUCCUGACCAUCCUCUUCAUCGUCAUGGGCUUCGCCUACUUCCACAUCUCGGUCAACGGCCUGCUGGCCAUUUUCGUCCUGGCCCAGUUCUUCUUCAACUUUGGCCCCAACGCCACCACCUUUAUUGUGCCUGGCGAGUGUUUCCCGACCCGGUAUCGGUCCACCUCGCACGGCAUCUCGGCUGCCAUGGGCAAGAUCGGCUCCAUCAUCGGCCAGGGUGCCAUCGCGCCCCUGCGCACGCGCGGCGCAACGCCGGGCAACCCCAACCCAUGGAUGGACCACGUGCUCGAGAUCUAUGCGCUGUUCAUGUUGCUCGGUAUCGGUUCCACGGCCUUGAUCAAGGAGACGAAGCGCAAGACGCUCGAGGAGCUGGCCGGCGAUGAUGAGGACGUGCCUGUCAGUGAGGUGUCGCGGGCUCCUCGUGAGGUUGUUAAUGGGAGUCCGAGCGGGGUUGAUAUCGAGGCGAGAACGUAA